CUUGGUCUUGUCCCUUUCAUCCUAUCGCUUUCAGCAAGUCUUUGUUGAACGUCACUUUCCCCAUGUCGUUGUCGCGGGGUUCGGGCUCGGCUUGGUUGGCCGAGCCGAGCAGGAGGGACGAGCAGUCAGGGCCGGGCAGGAAGGACGAGCGGAGCUCAGGGCCGGGCAUGAAGGACGAGCGGAGCUCAGGGCCGGACAAGGACAGGGCAUCAAUGGCGUCGGCACGUGAGGAGAACGUGUACAUGGCAAAGCUUGCGGAGCAGGCUGAGCGGUACGAGGAGAUGGUGGAGUUCAUGGAGAAGGUGGUGGCCGCCGCCGACGGCGCCGAGGAAUUGACCGUCGAGGAGCGCAACCUUCUGUCCGUCGCCUACAAGAAUGUGAUCGGCGCUCGCCGUGCGUCGUGGAGGAUCAUCUCCUCAAUCGAGCAGAAGGAGGAGAGCCGCGGAAACGAGGACCACGUGGCGUCGAUCAAGGACUACAGAUCUAAGAUAGAGUCGGAGCUUACCUCGAUCUGCAACGGCAUCCUCAAGCUCCUCGAUUCCAAGCUCAUCGGCGCCGCUUCUUCCGGCGAUUCAAAGGUCUUCUAUUUGAAGAUGAAGGGCGACUAUCACCGCUACCUGGCUGAGUUCAAAACCGGAUCCGAGAGAAAGGAGGCCGCCGAGAACACUCUCUCCGCUUACAAAUCUGCUCAGGAAAUUGCCAAUGCAGAACUAGCUCCUACGCAUCCUAUUCGUCUAGGCCUGGCUCUGAACUUCUCGGUAUUUUACUAUGAGAUCUUGAACUCUCCAGAUCGUGCUUGUAGUCUUGCCAAACAGGCCUUCGAUGAGGCGAUUGCAGAGCUGGACACUUUGGGAGAGGAGUCCUAUAAGGAUAGCACUCUCAUCAUGCAGCUUCUUCGGGAUAAUCUCACUCUCUGGACAUCAGACAUGCAGGAUGAUGGAGGAGAUGAGAUCAAAGAAGCAUCCAAACCAGACAAUGAGCAAUAACUUUCUUGAUGAGGUGCUUAACUUUGAAGUAUUCCUUGUUAUGGCUUGCUAUCAGGUUGAAUCCUGCUUUCUAGUGCUAGUUUUUCAUUUCCAUGGUUUGCAACAUUUGAAUGAACUACUACUUUAUUUUUAAUGGUGUUUCUGAACUUUGAUUCCUAGUUUAUUUUCUUCUCCCAACUUGAAUUUGCCCAAGGGAUGUUUUCCUUCUCCUCAAAGGAAUGAUGCAUUAAGAUAUCAUUACCAUAUCUCUUGCUCAGUAUCUUGUUUUAGUUUGGAAAUUGCCUCUUGAAUUAAUUGGGUCACAUUGU